AUGGAUUUUUCGGCUCUCAGUUCUGAAUUGCAAAACAUUGCCGGCAGAUACAAUGGACGAGAUACCGAUCCUGCUUAUUCCACCACAAUGUAUUGUGAAAUGUUCCACAAGAUCCUUCAAAAGACGGAGACUGAAGUUCAUGACUAUGCUGACCAAAUCGUGAUACUAUGGAUGACCCUGUCACAACUUUGCAAUACAGCUAAUACAUUGGCACCAUGUCCAGCCAGGCAUGAACUUUACCAGGAUAUCUUUUUACAAUGUGCAAAAACAGUUCUGAACAUUAAGUGGCAAAAUUUGGCAGAGGAUGACCAUAGUAAGGAGAACUUCAUCGAAACAGUCAAGGCCACACAUGUGCAGUUGGUCACCACUGGAUUUGACCGCUUCAGUCUGCUCCUCCAUCUGAUGGAGAAUCCCUGGACAGACCCUACCCUCAGUGAGAUCAUGUCGGGCGAGGCUGAUAAUGAUGAUGAUGCUGUUCAGACGUACAUCGGAAAGGAAUCAUCGCUGAUCCUUAAGCUACGAGUAGAGAUGCUGAUGCAAGAGAAUUGUGAAGAAUUUGCUCUCAAUCUGUGUAACACAUUGAUGGGACAUGAAGUAUUUGUUAAGGACAUGGAUCUUCGUGAGACUCAGCUUAAACUGCUGCAUAAACUCAACCAGAUGGACAAGCUACAGGAAGUGUGUGAGAAGAUUGUGUGUCAUGAUGGUGUUAAGUUGGUGCUGCGACUCGAGCAGAAGGAGUGUAACCAGGCACUAAGUGUCCGGCUCAUCCAAAUCUUCCUGGUACAGGACUGGAUCAAACCUGAACAAAAGUGCUGCACGCAGGAGUUGCUGAAAUUGUGGAUUCGGCACCAGUAUAUUGCGGACCACAACAAGGAAAAGUUCUUAGACAGUGUGUGGGCCAUCGCCAAACUUUCACUGACAACACAGCAAAUCCUACUGCUUGUAAGCGGACUCCAGAGAGAGUGUGGCAAUGAGAUGAUCCAACUGUACACAGACCUGUGUGUGUAUGCCAUCAAUGUAGACAAGGGAUGCUGUGAGCAACAGAUGCUGCAGGGAAACAUGGAAGGUGUAAAAGAACGACAACAGGCCAUUGCACAGACCUGUCGCAAGUUGUCUGCACUUUACAAUGGGCUAAACCCAAAGAUAUCUCGCAUCAGCUCUCUGACAGCAUUUUCCCUUGAUGCAUCGCUUGUGAACUUGUGCCUGGUUGAAAGAAUGUUCAAUAGGAAGUACUGUACUCAUUCCAAAAAGGAGUGUGCUGCCUGCAUUAAAGUGUUUAGCAGUGUGACUCAUUGUGUGGGUGAUGUCAAGGUUAAUCCAGCCACUCUUUACGAGGUAGAACGGUUAUUGAAUAUGCUAAGACCCUAUUACCUCAAUCCAGACUUGGCAUGGAAGGAGCUCUUACCUGUGUGUCAGAAAUUCAUGAAAGAGAGAAACCAAUCCUCUGGAGAAACCAAGGAGGAGACAACUCCACCAAAAACUCCUCCAAAAAAGAAAGAUGAAUCAAAACCUAGAGCAAAAAAGCCUUCGGUUAAAAAGGAGAUGAAUAUUUCACCAGGAAAUAUCAAGUACUAUUGUGACGAUAAUGUAUCCUAUCUGCCAAAAGAAAGUGUUCCAAAAAUGAAAAAUAAAAACUUCAGAUUGAAGUCAGCAGCCAGUUCAACAUCAUGUACUCAAACACCAAAGUCAGAGGAGGCUAAAGCUAAGCAACAUACAGUUAAACCAGUGGCAACACCUUCCAAAGCAAGUGCAGUAUUUGAGUUUGAUAAACAAUUAUAUCAAUAUAAUUUCAAAGGAAGAAAACCAUUAGAUACAAGUUCACCCUUUUUGUCAUCAUCUACUGUUGCCAGAGACCAAAUUUCACCAGCAGGAUCCGAACUAUCAAAUCGUUUUGCCACCAACCAUCCAAAGACACCUACACAGGUAGCAAAUGUGAAAUGUCAGGCUGUAGGGGUGGACAGCUUAGGUAAACCUGUGUUAGUAAAGCUGCCCAUCACUGUUGGCUCACACCAGAGUACAACCACUCUGUCCUCCACUGUCAGUACUGCUGUUGCACCUGCAGCCUCUCCACAAACAUUGUAUAUUGGGGAUACCUCUGCCUUAAGUCUACAGUCUUCUAACCCCAAUGGAGGAUUGCAUGUUCAAGCUCAAGGAAAAAUUCAAAAACCUAAAAAGCGCCAACCACACAGCAUUGGAGAAUUAUUAGAAGCUACAAAAAUUAUGCCUUGUUCCACUUCGUCCAAUUUUACUACUGCUGCAACUGUCAUGGCUAAUCCAAAACCUGCUACUCAGCCGUCUUUGCCAACAUCGGCUGAUUUGUUGAGAGCUGCGCGUGAUUAUAAUUUGACUAUAGUGCAGAAACCAGCAACUCCUAAGCCUUUCCAAACUCAAUACAGUACUGCAGAUCUGUUAAGAGCAACAAAGAACAUCCCUCAAAAAUCCAAACCAGAAGUGCAAUCAGCCAGUAACCUGCAAAGUGCAAAGGAUAUGAUGCAGGCAACGAAAGCAGCAUUUGCAGCAUCAGUUCUUGGUUUCAUCCCCAAACCUCAGUCUACAAUUUUGUCUGAAGUAUCUAAAGGGACGGUACAAACGUCAGGAGAUAGCAGUAGUGUACAUAGCUCAGGUUUAGCACGUAAACAAACCAAAAAACCUAAAGCUUCCAAGAAAACUGUCAAUUUAGUCCCAGGACAGAUCCUCGAUAAGGCAAUGUUAAAUGAAAUGACUGUCUCCCAGUGUAAUAAUGUUCAGACAUCAAGCAAUAGAACUGUUAUAGCCCAUUCUUACAAGACUGCUGAUGGAAACAUAUCUUUCUUGUCAUCUAAUGUUGUAGGGGCCUCCAACAACGCACCUCCCUUGACUAACCCACUCAAUGUCCAAACCGUGUCUCCAGUCCGUCCAACUGCUAGUUCAUACCAAGUAACUACCAACGAUAAAACAAAUCAUCGUCCACGUAUUAUUCCUGUUCGGGCUACGGGCAACAGCAAAUUCCCGCCUUACUCCUCUGCAGUGGUAGCAGUCAGCAGUACCACAUCAUCCCCAGGGCAGGGUGCCAACACUGUGGUGACAACAAGUCAAAGUUCCAUCCCUUCAACCCAAACACAUAUUGAACCAGACAUCUAUAAUAUGUUUACAAAAGAAAAGCCAGUUCUGAAACAGUCUCCAGCAGCAUCAAAGAUUGAGGGCUUUCGACGUCCCUCUGCUGAUGAACUUCAAAGCAUUGUUGAUUGGCUUCAAACUGGCACUGAGGAUGAUAAGAAGAAAGUACAGACUCAACCUAAAGUGUCAACACAUGUUACUACGUCCACACAGGAAAUGGUCAUCUCAGUGCCAUCUACUGUCCAGAGUAGAACACCACCAUCUGUGGUCACUCCAAAUGCCACAUCAACAUCUUCAAUGGUCUUGUCAUCUUCUGCAGUAACUCCAAAGAUGGUAUCUUUAACUCCUGAACAGCUGCAGAAAAUCAUGGCAGGGUUAAGUCAACGACAGAAAAUGAAACAAAAGUCACCAACUGUUACUAAAAUACAACAAAAGAAAGGUCUUAAUAAACAGCUUCAACAGUUGUUAGCCAAAGACAUCAAUGAUGGAAAUCAAUCAGAAAAGUAUGCAGCUGCAAGUGGAAAUAACUUGGUUCAGGGUGAUGUUAAAACAGUGCAAUCUUCAUCAACACCUGUCAGUCAUCUGGUUCAACCAAAUAAAGCAUCUGGAAAUCAACUAGUGCAACAAUUAACAAUACCUGGAAAUCAAAUAGUUCAAACGUCAACAACACCAGGAAAUCAGAUAGUUCAAACAUCAAAAGCACCUGCAAAUCAGCUGGUUCAACCAUUAACAGCUCCUGCAAAUCAGCUGGUUCAACCAUUAACAGCACCUGGAAAUCAGCUAGUUCAACCAUUAACAACACCUGCAAAUCAACUAGUUCAACCAUUAACAACACCUGCAAAUCAACUAGUUCAACCAUCAACAACACUUGGAAAUCAACUAGUUCAAACGUCAACUACACGCGGAAAUCAACUAGUUCAAACAUCAACAGCACCUGGAAAUCAACUAGUUCAACAAUUCACAACACAUGGAAAUCAACUAGUACAACAAUUAGCAGCAUCUGGAAAUCAACUUGUUCAACCAUUAACAGCACUUGGAAAUCAACUAGUUCAGCAAUCAUCAACACAUGGAAAUCAACUUGUUCAACCAUUAACAGCACCUGGAAAUCAACUAGUUCAACCAUUAACAGCACUUGGAAAUCAACUAGUUCAGCAAUCAUCAACACAUGGAAAUCAAAUUGUGCAGUCAUCAAUACCCCAAAUCGGUCCACUUGUUCAACCAACAACAAUGGUUGGAAGUCAGCUAGUUCUACCGUCAGCAACACAUGUCAGUCAAAUAGUUCAACAAUCUACAAUUGUUGGAAAUCAACUGAUUCAGCCUUCAACAACAAAUAUCAGUCAACUAGUUCAACCAUCAACAACAGAUGUCAGCCAACUAGUUCAGCAUUCAACAUUAGUUGGAAAUCAAUUGGUUCAGGCCUCAACAACACCUCCAUCACCAUCACCAAGAAAUGAACCGUCAUUGGUUGAAGGAAAUCAAGCUAGUCUUCCUCCUUCUUCACUUGGAAAUCAAGACACCCAACCAUCAGAAAUAUCUGGAAAUCAACCCAUUCAGCAGUCACAAAAUCAGAAAGUGAUUUUGGGAAAUUCACUUCAUCAAUCACAAACAGCAGGUACAUAUGUGGGAAAUCAACAGAUACCACAUUCUCAGGUCCAGCAAGGUUUAGUACAUGAUACCAACAUGACAUCAAACUCAUCUGUCAAAUCACAGCACACUCCUGCCAUAACUUUGCCAGUUAGUUCACCUUUGACUGUGAGUCAGUCGCUGCCAAGUAUAGAUCAGCUUGCCAAUGCUAUGCAAACUACCAGUACCCCUGGAAUUCAGUCAUCACUUAGUUUUCCAUCACAGUUUCAAAUUAGUGGAUCAAAAUCUCUGACGCUGUCUCCAAAUCAACCAACUACAAGAGUGUUUGAGCUACAGUAUUUGGGACAUAUCAAUCCACCAUCCAAAGUUCUGCAUCCUAAAUCGCCAUCAAAAGAUAAUUUGUUGACUCCUUCAACAACUGCACCUGGAGACCAGGUCAGUCACCAGGGGAAGAGUUCUGAACUUUUACUUGAAACAAAUUUGAAAGCCAGUGAUCUUCAGGGAUUAAUGAGAUCAAAACAACCAACAUUCAUUCCAAAGACAAUAUCAUCUGCAGAUGAAUUGAACAUACCUAAAAUGCCUUUGGGAACACUGAAGGUAGUAGAAAAACCUGACCUCAUUUCUACGUUAAAUAGGAGUCCAGCAAGGCUUAGUAUAGACCAUAAUCCUUCUGCAACAAUCAGUGGUGGUGUAGGGAAUCAACAGCGCUUUGGUGAAAGUUGUGAACCAGCAGUGACCAGUUACUCUGAUCAUGGUGUAUCUACAGACACUGGACAGGAUGAACAAUCAUCGAAACUAACUCUACCUGUGCAUUGCAACACUAUUUAUGAUGUUCCAAGCACAUCUAAAGUGUCAUAUCCUCAAAACAGUGAAAAAGCUCCAACAGGCACACAUACUUCUUCAAAUGAAGUUGUAUUCUCCCUUAAUGAGAACUCCAGUGUUUGUGGACGUGUGAAAGAUGUAUCAAAUGGCAUUGACUCCCAAACAAAUGGUAACACAGUUAAGUAUUCUGAGGCUGAUUCAGGACCUGUAAGCCUUGCUACUACUUCUGAAUUAACAUCUAGCUCCGAGAGGGACGGAAAUGUCAAUAAUAUUGAUUCCAUUGUGAUUACUCCAGAUACAAGCAGUGAAAAGAAAGUUUUACAAACUAACUGUGAGGACUUCGAUAAAACAUCUGAAAAGGAAUCGAAGAUAUCUACAGAAACAGCUGACAGCACAAUCAGUCCAGAAUUACAUACUCUGACAAUGUACAGUGAUGGUGAUGCUAGGAACCAGGCCUCUGUAGUCAAUAAGCAACAUAGUAAUGAAGGAAAGGACAAUUUCAUAAGUGAUCAAUUCCAGGGAAACAACACUGAUGUAAAGAAUGACAAGAAAUCUGAAGGACAGGUGUCUGAUUCAACACCAUUCAGAACUAUGGCCCAUGUCACUGGCGAUGUCAUAUUGCCAACUCCCAAAGGUGAUAAUCUUGCAGGUGAAGCCAUGCCGAUGAUCAAAGUACCAAGCAUGCAAAAUACUGAAAGGCUGCCAGAAAAAGUGGAGUCUAAGGCAGCCAACUGUUCUAUGGUGACAAGUAAAGAGUCUAACUUGUCUAGUAUGAGGGAGGAAGACCCUGGGGAGCCUGGGAAAGACAUUCUCACACCAGAGCCAUCACAAGGUGUGUUCAAAAAGAUUGAAGAAGGAAAUUUGAUGGAUUCCACAUCAUCUACAGUUACUUCCAGUGCAGAACAUGCCGAGAAAGUUUCAGACAAUGUUACGAUGGUGUCUACCUGUGUUUCUGACAAUACUUCUGGCACAGGUGAUACUCAAAAGAACAGUAAACAAAGUUGUGCUAAUGCUGAUAACUUUGAAACAGGGGAGGAUACCGUGAAAGACGACAAAGUCUUGACAUUGGACGAUGCUUUGGGUGAAUCAGCUGCCUUGUUGUCAGCACCUAUGGUACCUUUUCCUGCUGACCCAACUCAACAGGUAGAUAACUUGACAUCAGAGUAUAGUAAUCCAAAUUUAUCAGAUAAACAGGACAAAUCCUCAGAGAAAAGUGAUGUUGAUGCUGAGAGUGCUCAACCUGAGGUGCACAUGCGGCCUACACAGGAAUCAACAGUUGGAUUUGAGUUCAGAGAUGGUCAAGGUUUAUCAGUCCAGACAACAAAAAGUUCACAGGAUACUCUGAAAACAAUGAAACCUCUAGACGAAGAAGGGUCAAUAGAUUCUAUGAAAAGAAGAGCUUCUAUAGAAGAUAUGGCAGCAGAAAAUCAACCAAACUGUAAUAACUCUGAUCAUCUUGAUUCUGAUCCUAACAAGGGAUGGGAGAAUGCAUUUGUGUCUUUCAUUGACAAUCUGGGUGAGAAAAAGACUGUCAAAUCAGACCCAGGCCAUGUCCAAAGUAAGCCUGUUUUCUCCAGACAAGACAGUAGUGGAAGUGAAUCCAGCUCCAGAUCUGUUGGAAGUAGUCUCAGUAGCCGUGGAAGUCAUAAGUCUUUGGAUGAGGAUAAUUCUGGAACAAGGAUACUUCCGCUUCAGAGAAGAGAAAAUGAUGUAAAAAGAUUUGAGUAUUUUUCUCACAUUUCACCUUCACUUAAAUCAAGUAAAAAGCGAUUGUCCAGUAAAGGCUUAUCCGGAAUUCAAAUUCAGGCACUUCCAGAAAUUAAAGCCAAAACUAAAAGCUCCAUGAAGCUUGUCCCCACGGUAGACACUACAGAGGCGCCCCAACAGAAAGAAGUUAUUGUGAACAAGUGCAUUAUCUGCUCCAAAACAUUUCGGUCUGUUGACAGUUUGAAAUGUCAUGUACGAAAUAUCUGUCGUCCCAUGGAUAUAAGUCGCCCGGAAGCAAACCUGAAAGACUUUGAAUAUGGUACUGUUUAUUCAUGCCAUAAAUGUGAGAAAGAAGUCUCAAAAAAGGAGGAAAUCAAGGCACAUGUUUCUGAGUGCUGUAAAGAUGAUGAUGUCAUCCAAGCUCUCAGUUUCAGCACCAAAUACAUGUGUCAGAUGUGUGGUGAAUUCUUCGCUAAUAAAGAUGAUGUACACAGUCAUGUGUCACGGCUUUGUAGUAAGGUGAUGUCAUGUCGCCAACAACAGCAGGAGAGAUUAGAUAGAAAGAUAGAACUCACAGCUAAGCCACUAUCAGACAUAAUUGAGAGCUUGAAUGGGAAUGGACAACAGCAUACAGACGAUGAUAAAAAGAAUGAGGUUCAGGAAAAGGAGCAUAUGAAGGAUGAAGAGAAAAAAUCUUUAGGUGUUGAUGAUUUGGAAUCAGAAAUCUUCAAAGAGACCAAAAAUCAACUAGAUGUAGAUAUAAAAGAGGAAGACAUAUUAAGAACAGAGGGACUUAAACAGGAAGACUCUGUUCGAAGUUUGCCAGCCAAGCAGUGGUCAUUGAGAAACAAGACCAAAUUCUCAUCCAGACUGAAAGGGUUUGAAUUUUUCUCUAACAAGCUUAAUCCUGCAAGGAGAAGAACAGAACAAAGAAAAUGGCAUGAGGAUUAUCAUAGUCUAAGGAACAGAGUUGUCAAAAAGGAAGCAGUGAAGCAGAUGGUAGAGAGUCAAGAAGGAAGAUCCGUAGAGUAUGAUGGUAAAACAUAUGCAAAACACAAAAAAUUUCCAAAAGUUGCCACAAGAGAUGACUCUUUGGUAACAGGAGAACAUUCUGAAGAUGAUGCUGACAUCGAAAUCGGGGAUAAAGAGGAAAGAAUCACAAGUACAGAAUUAUCUCCAAAAAUGAAUGAUUUUAAGGCAGAGGUGAAGGAACACAAUGAUAUAGAAAUUCAGAAUCACACCUCAGCAAAAUUGAAGGGAGCCCAAAGGGACGUUGCUGGUGGUAACACUAUGGAUCCACCAAUGAGGCAGAAACGUGUUAUUCAGGUUGGCAAAAAAUUCUCACAAGAUGAGUUUGAAGUUCCAGAAUUCCUCAAAAUACAAAUGGCAAACAGUAACUUAAAGAGGAAAUCACCUCAGCAUUGUCCGAAAUGUGGACAGUUCUUCUCAAGCAGUUAUGUGCUCAUCCAACAUGUUGUUCGUGUUCACAUGUCUCCUUGUAAAUCCAAGUGGAACAGCUCAGCUCGCAAGUUUCAAUUUGCUUGUUGGUACUGUUCAGAUGCAUUUCCAACUUACAUAAAGUUUUCAAAGCAUGUGCCAGUUCAUAAGGACAAGAUCUUAGCCAUGUUGAAGAAGAAUUGCUCCACAAGUAGACGGCUGAGGAGAGAAGGUUCAGUAAUCAACAACAUCUCCACCAGAAUCAGUAAAACAAAGACAAGUUUGAAGGGAGAAUCUGCACAGUCUUUGCACAAACCUGUUGAUCAAAAGGAGCCAUCACCAAUUAAGGAGACUGAAGUUAAGUCAUUAUCACAGCAUGUUGAAAGUAUGCGUACAAGUCGACGAGCAAGAGGACAACCACCUCUGGCUAUAGAUGUACCCGAAUUAAAGGUAGAGACUACAAAGAAAGAAAGAAGUCGAUCGAGAGAAAAAGAUUCAUUAUUGGUCAGUGGAAUGAUAUCUCCUAGUGGUUCUUUGUCGCCAGGGACAUUAGACAUGCGUACAACUAGAAGUCGGAGGCGUGACAAUGACUCAUUGUCAACAUCAAGUUUUGACCAUGAUGAUGAUAUAGCUAGUAACUGUUCUCAUGCCACUGACAAGUCUUCACUGUCAAGAGGAAGGAGAGAUUACAACAAAAGGGGUCUCAGUGAAGACCGUGAGUCAAUGACAAGUGAAGAUUCUGUAUGUCAUCGUCCAGUUACUCGUCAUCAGGUAGCAGCUCACAUUUCUCCAACAUUACAAGACAGUCCUUGUACAGCCAAGAAACCAAAGUUGGCCAGAGGACAAAAUACUGUGUCUGAUCAGAGUCGGAGUACAAGAACCAGAUCUGGUAAUACAUUAACCAGAAGAGCAAGUUUAAAAAGCAAUAAUGUUGAUCAUGUGAUAUCAGAGAAGCAAAAUGCAAACACUAAACCUAAAGGCAAAGUAACAUUACCAUCAAGCAAAACUGGUCCCAGUAAAGGUUGUCGAGUCACACGCAAUCAAUGUAAGUUAGAAUCAGAUUCAAAAAAGAAUUUGAAUGACUGUGUGAGCCAGCUUCGACAUGCUAGAAAAGAAGGAAGAACUGGUCAAAAUGUGCUUGAAAAGGAAACUUCUGUUAAGGGCCUUGAUAUUUCUUUCAAGGAUGGCAAUAACCCAGCAAGUAGUGUUACAACUCGCCGAUCCAGGAGGCUGAAUAAUUCGGUAGAAGUUGGAAAGGGAGUUAAUACAGCACAUGAAAACUGCAGUAAAAGAUCAGCAGUUGUGAAAUUGAAUCGUGUUCCUCUGACAAGACACAAAAGCAAUGAACAUUAUAACAAUUGUAAUUCUACGCCGGAAAAGAGAGACUUGAGAAAAAUCAACACAAAAUCUAAUCAGGAGAAAGUGGUAGAACCAAAAAAAAGAAAGUUGUCUGCAAUUGAUCAAAUGGAUGACAGUUCCAAAAAGUUCGAUAAAAUAGAAACUGAAGGUGAUACGUCAUCACAUGUAGAGACUUUGGAUCAAAAAUCUGUCUUGAUUGUCAGUGAAGAAGAUGAAGAGUUUGUGUAUGUAAAAUCACCACUAUCUAGUCCAGGCAUGUCCCCAAGAGGUGGCACACCAGAGGAAAAAGAGAAACAAAUUGUCUCAAAUUCUGCGACAGUGGACAGUAAAACAGCAUUUUUAGAGAGCUUUAAAAAGUACAUCCAUAAACCUACUCCUCGAUGGACAAAUCCCUUCCAAUAUUCAAUGAAAAGUAAGGUAGCAAAGUCCAAGUUGAAACAGAAAGUGUGCCUUGCUCAGGCAAGACUUCUUAAGAAAAGAAAAAGAAAUAAAAUGGGAACGUCAGGAUUUUCUUCUGAGGAUGAAGCUGAUGAUGAAUUAGAUGAGGAUGUAAAUCAUUCAAAAGUGUCCGAAAACAGCAACGAGAAGAAAUCAUUCUUGGAUUCAUUUAUAGCACACUGUGAUCAUGGUCCAAGAUUGAAAGGGUAUUACUCUGAGGACUUACCUGUCAUGGUACCAAUGGAAGAUAGCACCGCAGAUUCUACGGGAAGGACAUUGCCGAAAGGAAAAAAGGCAUUGGAUAGUAAAAGGAAAGGUCCAGUGUCCCAGCGUCAUCAGGUGAAGAAGGAUGUGAUCAAUAAAUCAGAGAAGAACAUUGAAAGUAAGAUGUCUGAAUCAACCAAACUGGACACUGGGAAAAGUGAUUCUGAGUGGAUGAAGGAGAAGGUAGACGAUAAACUUGUUGAGGUUGAAGACAAGGAUACGGAUAUGGAUUGUUCAGAGGAGGUGAAAAGCAUCACAGAGAUUAAGGAAUGUAAAUCAUCCAUUGAUCAGGGUAAUAAGGUAGACCAAGCAACAGCAAGACCCACAUCAUUUGAAAGUCUGCAGACCUACAUUGAUAGCAUGUCUAACUCGGCAUCACCCACUCCAAGUGUAGAUUCCACGACUUCCAAAGACACACUUUCCAAAAAGUCUCUUAAGAUUUCUAAAUCAAUGGCUUCCACUUUUCAGGAUAGUUUCAUGACUUAUCUUGGUUCCAAACCCAAAAAAGGCAGGAAAACUUCGGAUGGUUCCUGUUCAUCGUCAGAAUGUGGGGAUGUCAAGUCAUGUAAUUCAUCUGUGUGUGAUGGAGACACGGGAGUCGGUCAGAAGUCACGAGUGCAAAAAUCUCAAUCAAGCAAACCUUUCACUUGGGACGUGGAUUCAGGUGAUGAACGAAUAGAUUUGCUGGUGUCUACACUUGGACGUGUGGUGACUGAAACAUCAGAAAGUGGUAGCAAAACAGACCUGACUUUUGAAGGACCUUGUGUUGAGGAGAUGCAGAGCGAGACCAGCCACAGUGAAAGGUCUUCUGUUGAACGCAUUUUACCUCAAAAACACAGCCACUCAAAGGCCAAAGUUCGUAGAAUCUACCAUGAUGGAAAGAUUUGGGAAAUAGGGCCUGGUUCUGUAAAAUCUGUUUCAGUUGUGCAGUCUGAUUUAGUGACUACAGAGAGAGUUCCAGGCAGAGAUAGCCCAGUAAGUGAAGUGUCUGAUUGUGGAGAAAGUACAUCAUCUAUAAACACAAAGUCAGAUCCUGUUAACAUUUCUAGAUCUGAAGUUCCUAAGGGAGAUAAUCGUACAAGUCCUUUAAAACCAGAUCAUCACCAUCUCUCUAAAUCAUCUAAAAUUGAGCAGAAUUCACAAUUAAAUGUGGAAAUGAUUCGUGUGGAUCGAAAACAUGACGGAGAGAAAUUUGUUCGUCUGGACAAGUCAGAAAUUGAUCAAUAUGACAAGAUGAACACAUAUACUUCAGUCACUCCAGAAGAUAUGGCCCUGAAGAAAGCAGAAAACAUCAAGAAAAGUGCAAAAUGGAAAGUCAAAACUGAAAAACGGUCUAAAAGCUCAAAUAUGAAAGAAUUUCCCUUUGUGUUCAAAAAGAACAGAAGGAUGUAAGUAGGAACUUAGAACAAAAAGGUCUGUUAUAGUUAUAAUGGUAAUUGUAAAUCGAAAAAUUAUCACCAGGCCAUCUCCAACAAACUUUGGUUCUUGAACUCACUUGCUGGAAUUAAAAUGAUAUUUUGAACACAAUAUAUUGGCAUACAAUAUCAUCCCAGUGUAAAAUGUACCAUUUCUUUCAAGAUAAACAUGCUUUUAUCAACUUUCUGUAUAUGUAACAUUUCAAGGGAGGCUAUAGUAGACAUUUUUUGUUUGUCAAGAAUUGAUACCAGAUUUUUAUGUUGAUGUAAAUCUGUAAAUAAAACUACCUCAGUAUAUUUGGACUAUUUUUAUACUAUGAAACAGUAGAUUUAGAACUAUAUUGUAUCUUAAAAAUGUAAGAUAUUUAUGACUCGAGUGCAAAACAUUGGUUGAUCCAUUUGGUUAAAAAUUCACAACUAAAUUUAUGAUUUUAAAGCCAAAAGAAAACCAAGCUGAUGGAAUGAAUUGUUUUUCUACAGUAAAUAUAAGACUUAAUUUGUUAUAAUGUUAUUGAGUUCUUUAUUGAAGAAGAAAAUUCUUUAUGGAUCAGCUCAAGAUUCAGUUCAUAUUUUCAAUUUUGCUUUUCUUCAAACAAGAUGAUAUUUUUGUAUUUUAAGAAGUGAGUCCUAUUCUGAUAAACAAUAUUGUUUAUGCUUGACUGUUUUUCAGAUAUACUGCAAUAACUCUAUAUUGUACUCACGAGAUAUUAUGUUUUAUUUUUGACAAUGUAAAGAAAUGUUCUGAAAGUAGUUCUUAACUCGAGAGUGACGAAAAAGGAGUUUAAAAAAUGGUAUUUAUGUUCUUAAAUUAGUUAUGGUAACUCAAGAGUGACAGGAUUUGAAAAAAUAAAGUAAAGGGUUUCCACUAAUUCAAAAAUGUUUCUGAAAAUGUAGUUUUCUCAUAAUAGAUGUAAAUGGGAAAUCAGAUCCUUGAAAAAAAAACAAUAAAUCAAUAUGAAGUUGAUUUUUUUUCUCUAAAUGUCAAAUAUUUGAUUAUAUUUUCAACUAUGCAGUCAACUGAUUUUUUUAAUUAUCCUGUAUACCCAAACAGAAAUGACAGGGUACAAAUACAAGAAAGAUAAUGUGUUAAAUCAGAGUAUAGAAAACAAUUGACCCCUCUGAAACAGAGUCUUUAUGGAUUAGAUACAACACAACUGAGCAGUUAACCAUCAGUAAUAUAUCUUGAAAUUAGCAGAGAAUCAACUGCUGUGCAAUCAUUUCGUGCUCAAAUUUGGUUGGUUUUGAAGAAUGUACAUAUUGUUGGCACUUCAAUUUUGUGGAUAAAUCUCAACCACAAAAUUCAAUAGUAUUAUAAUCCAUUUCAACUUUUGUCCGUUACCAUUCUGUGAACAUUGCGAUUUGUGGAUUAAAUGUACCUACAAAUUCAAUAAAAAGAAAUUCCCUGCAAAAACUAUUUUACAUUAUGCAGUUUAAAGAAAUUAACCAUAAAAUUUGUUUUCAUUUUUUCCCAUAGUACACGGACAGUUCUUCAUACCAAAAGUUAAAUGUUAUGCAGAAUUGUCUUCCUGAAAAACAUUCCUUUCAAUCAUAAAUGAGACUUUGAUAUGUAAUGCAUUAUAGUUGAGGUGGGUUGGGGAAACAACUUAAAUACCAGUUACAGUAUUUAGAGAAAAAAAAAGACAUUGUUUUGGACAGAUGUAUGAGAAACAAAAUAGAGAAACAUGUUACUGAAAAGUUCAGUGAUGUACUGUCGUCCAUCAAUAAGCCCAGGUCUUGUAAUAACUACUGUCUCCUCACAUCAAUAACUUUGAGCAGGAAUUUCUGUAUUGGGGCACCUCUGGGCUUACUGCAGGAUAAUACAGUGAAACCUAUUAUUGUCUCCUAACAGAUGUACAUUGGCUAAGGAUUAAACUCGUUCAUGUGAUUGUCUCAUUAUAUUGAAAGAAAAUUGAGAAACUACAAUGGUUCUUUUUUUAUGAUGUACAUGUGUGACUGAUUUUAUAAUUGCCAUUAAAAAAUGUUUAUUUAAACUGCCAUGGUGCCAUCAGUGAUCUGCUGAUUCUGGUCCGAUUUUGGAUUUUAUUUGUGAGUAUGUUUGGAAUUCAAUCUACUGAAUAGAUGAACCAUACCAAAAAAAAAAAAACAAAAUGCUUUUCAGAUAUUUUUUCAAUGUUUGGAGAUUUAAUUCUAAAUACUGAUAAACUGUAGCAGGCUUCUCCCAAUUUUCUUUUAAAUGGUUUCAGGGGAUAGGUUUGGUAGGACGGGUUUGUGUAUGAUUAUAUUUUGGGUCACUUAAAUUUUUAUAGUCUGUAUGGAUUUCCAUUGUUAUAUAAAUAUAAACUUUAUUUAUUUUACAACAAUUGUGAAACAAAAGUGGGAGAUCUUACUGUGGGAGGAAACCUGAGUACCUGUGAAAACCCAGGUGACCCCAUACCUUUCCACAUCUGUACCGGGAAUUAAACUCCAGACAGCUAGGUGAAAAGCGAGUGCAUUACCUCUGUGCAACCUGACCACCCAAUAUAAGUAACUCAUCCCUAUUUAUAACAAAUAGUUAUAAAAACAUCAUUGUAUACGUAUACAAAUUUUUGGGUAGUUUUGUAUGAUCACAGAUUGGUUGCUUAUUUGACUGUUUUGAUAUUGAAUGCUCUUUCUAUUUUAAGAUGUAUAAAUUCAAGAGAAAAGUCGAAACUAAUCGGAUCACUACUGAAAUUGUUUCAGUCUAAGAAAGUUAUUUACAAAGAAGUAAAAUGGUUUCCUAUUUUGUGAAAAUUCUCCAAUGCAAACGUGUUACCUGGACUGCAUGGUAUGUUUGAGAAAACAUCAAAUUCUUGCCAGGUGUGAUUAUGUUCUAAUCCAUGUUAGAUUAUUGAGCCAACAGAUAAAAGCGUAAUAGAGACAGAUUAUCAUAGUAGAGAAUUCAUGGUGGAUCCUAUCUAUAUCUUUUUUAUAUCAUUUUCACAGAAAGGUUAAAAAGAUAUUUGGUCGGUAUAAUUUUGUUUAUAUAAUUUAAUAUAGUUUGAAUGAAUGUAUUCAUUGAAAGCUUUCUGUUUUAUGUGAUAUGGAUGUGUUUUGUGAAAUCAAAACUAUAUUUGAAUAAAAGUCAUUAAUGUGAAAUUAUGCAUUUCAUAUAUUCUACUUGAUAAUCGUCAUUGCUUAUUAUUAAACAAUCUGAAUUUGUCUGAUAUCAACAAAUGUAUAUAUGUUAAAAUGCAAAAUGUUCAUUGUUACUGGUAUGAGUUAGUUUAGUGUCCGCUGCCAUAGCCACAUAUGCCUUUCCCCCAGUAUAUCUACUGGAACUAGUGUCGUAAAAAUGAACUGAUAGAGAAGGAAUGUGUCAUCAUUGCAUGAAUAUAACUUUAAUAUGCAUUCCAGUGAUCAGAACCUACAAUGUUUAUUGUAAAUAUUAUAACUACUUCAGUUUACAUUUGUUAAAAAAUGGCAAUUUCAUUUUCACAUUUUAAUGUUUUUGUAAAUAUUUUGAUUAUUAUGUUCUGUAAUUUGUUGGACAAAGCAUGUUUUGUAUUAUUAUUUUCAAUGGCUUUGUUAAUUAUAUAUUAUCCUGUAAGUAAGCGUUCAUCAUUUUUCGAUGAAUGUACUUUGCUUUUUUAUUAUGAGAGAAAACAUUGUGUAUAUGCCAUAUGCCAUUUACUUGAAGCUCUUAAGCAUUAAAAAGACAAAAUGAC